AUGGUCCGACGGACAUGGCCAGACCUGACGACACUCAGCAAGCUGCAAAGACAUUCACUUUGCUUUCUAUCUCUAUCCGUCUUUAUAAAUCGCCCUUCUACUCUUUUCUAUUCUAUCGUUCUCUCUUUCCCUCACUCGCCCCCUUUUCUUUUCUCUUUCACUUCUAACCACAUCGUCUAUUUCUCUUAUUCUCAAUUUUCUUCUCAGUCACAGAACAUUUUCUUCAUUAUCUCUACGAUUUUGUGUACUUCCCUCUCUUUUGUCUCUUUUAGCUUUCUUACAAUGUUUCUUUCAUUUCUCAAUGACAUAUUUCUUACAAUUUUUCUUUCACUCCUCAAGCGACAUAUUUCUUACACUUUUUCUUUCAUUUCUCAAGCGACAUAUUUCUUCAAUUUUUCUUUCACUCCUCAAGCGACAUAUUUCUUACACUUUUUUCUUUCAUUUCUCAAGCGACAUAUUUCUUAUUUUUUUCUUUCACUCCUCAAGCGACAUAUUUCUUACACUUUUUCUUUCAUUUCUCAAGCGACAUAUUUCUUACAAUUUUUCUUUCACUCCUCAAGCGACAUAUUUCUUACACUUUUUCUUUCAUUUCUCAAGCGACAUAUUUCUUACAAUUUUUCUUUCACUCCUCAAGCGACAUAUUUCUUACACUUUUUCUUUCAUUUCUCAAGCGACAUAUUUCUUACAAUUUUCUUUUCCUCCUCAAGCGACAUAUUUCUUACACUUUUUCUUUCAUUUCUCAAGCGACAUAUUUCUUACAAUUUUUCUUUCACUCCUCAAGCGACAUAUUUCUUACACUUUUUCUUUCAUUUCUCAAGCGACAUAUUUCUUACAAUUUUUCUUUCACUCCUCAAGCGACAUAUUUCUUACACUUUUUCUUCAUUCACUCUAUCUUUCUUACACUUUUUCCUUAUUUUCUAUCUUUACGUAAUUGUCUCUCUUCUUCGGACUCUCUCUCUCUCUCUCUCUCUCUUUUCACUGUCUCUCUCUCUGUAUAUCCUUCCUAUUCCGCUGAUCCUGCUCUUUCACUUCUUACUCAAUUUAUGUCGUCCUUUCUUUCUUUUAACUUUCACUCCAUACUUAAGUUCCUAUUCCCGUCGUCCCGUUCUUCCUUCUUUUAUUGUAACUGAAACCUCUUUCUUUCUUUCUUUCUUUCUUUCUUUCUUUCUCUUUCCCCUGCUUUCUUUCUUCCUUUCUUUCUUUUUUCUUCCUUUCUUUCUUUCUUUCUUUCUUUCUUCCUUCCUUUCUUUCUUUCUUUCUUUCUUUCUUUCUUUUCUCUCUCUUUCCCCUGCUUUCUUUCUUUCUUUCUUUCUUCCUUUCUUUCUUUCUUUCUUUCUUUCUCUCUUUCUUUCUUUCUUUCUUUCUUUCUUUCUUUCUUUCUUUCUUUUCUCUCUCUUUCCCCUGCUUUCUUUCUUUCUUUCUUUCUUUCUUUUCUCUCUCUUUCCCCUGCUUUCUUUCUUUCUUUAUUUACUCAUGUAUUCUCUUCCUCCGUUUCUCUCUUUCCCUCUCUUUCUCUUCUAUCCCUUAUUUUCCUUCUCAUUCUUUUAUACUGGUGUUCCUACAUUAGACCAUAAUGAAGGAAAUCUGCUUUCCGACAGGGUUCAACUCUAUGUUCCCCGUUAUUGGAGAAACCACCGUCUGAUUCGACGCUCAACCUCAGAGAGCGACGUAGCACAGCAACGUUCAAUGGGGCUUUUUGAAGCUCCUCUCGUUCAGAUGACGAAUGCCUAUAUAUCUAUCUGCUCGAUGUUAGAUACUCCUUAG